GAGGGGAGACAUGACGGACCCCGAGGUUGUGACGGAAGUCCCGGCCGUGCUGAAGCGCCUGGCUAAGUACGUGGUGCGCGGCUUCUACGGGCUGGAGCACGCGCUGACGCUGGACAUCCUGAUCCGGAACCCCUGCGUGAAGGAGGACGACAUGCUGGAGCUCCUGAAGUUCGACCGCAAGCAGCUGCGCUCCGUCAUCAACACCCUAAAGGGGGACAAGUUCAUCAAAUGCCGGAUGCGGGUGGAGACCGCCCUGGACGGCAAGACCACGCGGCACAACUACUACUUCAUCAACUACCGCCUGCUGGUCAACGUGGUGAAGUACAAGCUGGACCACAUGAGGCGCAGGAUCGAGACCGACGAGAGGGACUCCACCAACCGGGCGUCCUUCAGGUGUCCCAACUGCUGCAGCACCUUCACCGACCUGGAGGCCAAUCAGCUCUUUGACUCCAUGACAGGGACGUUCCGUUGUACCUUCUGUCAGACCGAGGUGGAAGAAGACGAGUCCGCUAUGCCGAAGAAAGACGCCCGGACUUUAGUUGCCCGGUUUAAUGAACAGAUCAAGCCUUUGUAUGACCUGCUGCGGGAGACGGAAGACAUAAACCUGGCACAUGAGAUCCUGGAGCCGGAACCUACCGAGAUCCCGUCUCUCAGGCAGAGCAAAGAGCGUGCAGCGGCCGCAUUAGCCGCGGCCUCCGGCCCCCACAGGGAGACCUGGUCCAAGGGCCCCUCGUACGAGGACCUUUACACGCAAGAUGUGGUCAUCAGCUUGGAGGAGCAGGAGAACCCGCAGAGGUUGGCGGCCGAGGGCAAACCAGCCAAAGAGAGGCCCAUCUGGCUGAGGGAGAGCACGGUACAGGGAGGAGCCUACGCCGAAACCGCCAACAUCCAAGAUGACCUGAACCCGGAGGGUUUCCACGACCACGAGGAAGGCCGCCCAGUGACAGACGACAACGAAGAGGUCAUGCAGGCGCUGCUGAAACACGAGAAGAAGACUGCGGCGGCCGUCGCCGGUGUUUCAGCGGCUCCAGCAUCCAGCGCGAUCGCCGGCAGCGACUCCGACAGCGACACCAGCGAGUCCGACCAAGACAGCCCGGCUCCCCGCCGCCCCGCAGCUUCCCAUCGCUUCGAAUUGGACGACGACGACGAUGACGAGUUCGAAGAAGUGCAGACGGACCCGAGGGUCACCGUUGGGGGGCGGAGCUACCUUUACAGCGAGGUGAGUCAGCGGCCCGAACUGGUGACGCAGAUGACGCCUCAGGAGAAGGAAGCGUACAUCGAGAUGGGACAGAAAAUGUUUGAGGACAUGUACGAGUGAGU